GAUGACCAGUGGGCGGACUGUUUUGCCCCUCCGUUUUAUAUCGAUUUCCCUUGCUGCUCCCCGCGUCCUCAUCGUGCAACUUUUCGUUGGAUUUUCUUCCUCCUAUAGUGUUGUACACGUGUUGCUCAUAGUGGAAGGGAAGAAACAUGGAAAAGCGGGCUCUUCCAUUUGCUUCCACAGAUUUCUCGAGCUCUCUCUCAAGCUCCGAAUCGCUGGCCUCUGCAAGAAGGAAAUCGCCAAUUCGAAAGCUUGGGUUUCCUGCUUUCUCGCUAGAGAUCUCUGCCAUGGCUGCUCCACCAAACUGGCGUCCGCUCUUUCGAACCAGCAUACCCUUACUGGAAUUUUAUGAUUUGGGAUAGUGGCGAUUUGAAACCGUUAACUGGGAUGAGAAUUAGAGUGAUUUGAAAACGAAGAGCAAGGAAUUGCAGGUGGUGUUCUGGUUUUUCAUUCCUUCUCAUCACUUCUACAAGAAGUUAGUUUUCUUUUCUGCAUUUAAAGAGUGUCUAAAGAAAAAUUGUAUGUGAUGAUUUUCUGCUAUAAUGUUUUGAAAUUCCUUAUUUUACUUGAAUGUAUUAGUGCUUGCUUUUGCUUUCACCCAGGUAUCAAAUUCGGUUUUGUUUGUAUGGUAACAUGGAUUGCUCAGGUUACGUAGGAGAGGAUGGAGGUGAGAAAUACAAUUGGGAAAGAUAUGCUGAGAGGUUUACAAAACACCUUUGAAGCUGUCGUAGCUUGAAUGGAAGACGCAAUUCCAACACCUAUCAAUCAGGUACAACCGUAUAAAAAGGCAACAAAGAUUAAAGUCCACGUGUGUAGAAUGUGGAGACCGAGAAUUUCAGGAACGACUGAUAAAAUUACAAGUCUGCACUGUAUACUGGUUGACAAAAGGUGGUACAAUAGUUCUAUCCGAUGAUGGUUGCUAUUUUUCAAAGGAUGCUGUGGAAUUUCAAGAUUGAAAACCGCUGGCUUUCAAUCUUUUAAAACAAAUUACCUUUGUAAGAAGCGCAACUUACCAAUAGACUGAAAACAGUGACAGAAGCAAAUGAAGAGGCCAUGGAAACACUGGAGAGUGCCAACAAACGUGACUGAUGUGACCUGUAAGCUGUACUGCAACAAGCUCACUGCAAGCAAAGGCCCCGCCAGCCAUAGCUGCAAUUUUGCUUCUUCAAUAACAUCCUCACCUAUACAAAUUCCUCUUUGAGAUGGUCGUACCCAGUGCACAAGGCUUCCGUUUUACGCAGGGUCUGGGAGAGGUGAAUGUCGGCUAGCCUUACCCCCAUUUAUGGAGAGGUUGCUCCCAAUAAAAAAGAAGGUUUACAGGGAGGAGAGGUUACCCCAUUCCAGCGCCAGGCCGCAAGCCUCUUUGAAGACCUACAUAUGAGUCGUAUACUGCCAUUCUACUCGGAGUCAAGAGAAAAAUGAAACUUUUGACCUCUGUUCUUGAAAAAGCAGACGUCGCCAUGGAAGAGAGCUUGCUAUUACCAAAACGCAGAGAAGAUGAGCAGCAACAGAGAAGAAAUAGCACUACAAGUAUUCUGACAUGGACUUCUUUCUUCGAAGAAGUGAAGAGGUUGGGAUGCAUAGCGGGACCAAUGGUUGCCGUGAUUCUAUCUCAGAGCUUGUUGCUGGUCAUUUCGAUGAUGAUGGUCGGCCACCUGGGCGAGCUCGCUCUCUCAAGCUCCUCCAUCGCCAUCUCCCUCUCCAACGUCACCGGCUUCAGUCUUUUCUUGGGAAUGGCUAGUGCAUUGGAAACUCUGUGUGGCCAAGCAUAUGGAGCAGAACAAUAUCAGAAACUUGGACUUCAAACUUACACUGCUAUAUUUUCUCUCAACUUAGUCUGUCUUCCUUUAUCUUUGAUAUGGAUUUAUAUGGAGAAGUUACUGAUUUUCAUGGGUCAAGACCCUGUAAUUUCUCAUGAAGCCGGCAAGUUCACAAUCUGGCUUAUUCCCGCGCUUUUCGCUUAUGCUACUCUUCAGCCACUCAUUAGAUACUUUCAGACACAAAGUUUAAUAACUCCUAUGCUCAUAAGCUCGUGUGUGACCCUUGUGUUCCAUAUUCCUCUGUGUUGGAUUCUAGUAUUCAAGUCUGGACUGAACAACCUUGGAGGAGCAUUAGCAAUCAGUAUUUCAUAUUGGGUGAAUGUGAUCCUACUUGCAUUGUACAUGAAGUUUUCUGCUGCCUGUUCAAAAACCCGAGUUCCAAUUUCUAUGGAGGUAUUCCAUGGAAUCAGAGAGUUCUUUCGCUUUGCCAUCCCUUCAGCAAUAAUGAUAUGCCUCGAGUGGUGGUCAUUUGAGCUGCUUAUCUUGCUGUCUGGACUUUUGCCAAAUCCGGCUCUUGAAACUUCAGUUCUGUCUGUAUGUCUGCAGACGAUUUCUACACUCUAUGCAAUACCUUUUGGGUUUGCUGCUGCAGCAAGUACUAGAGUUUCAAAUGAACUAGGAGCUGGUAACCCACAAGGUGCUCGAAUAGCUACUUUUGCUGCGAUGUUCCUUGCAGUCACAGAGACAACUAUAACCACCACCACGCUCUUUGCCUGCCGAAAUGUAUUUGGUUACACUUUUAGCAAUGAGAAAGAAGUCAUCGAUUAUGUCACAACCAUGGCUCCUCUAGUUUGCCUGGCCGUUACCCUAGACAGUUUGCAUGGGGUCCUUUCAGGUAUUGCUAGAGGAACUGGGUGGCAGCAUGUAGGGGCUUGCAUAAACCUCGGAGCGUAUUAUCUUUGUGGGAUUCCAGUUGCAGCCACACUGGCUUUCUGGGUACAGCUGAAAGGAAGGGGACUUUGGAUUGGAAUACAAGUUGGUUCUUUUGUGCAAAUCAUUCUGCUCUCUUCAAUAACAAUUGGUACAAAUUGGGAAAAGCAGGCAAGUAAGGCAAGGAAGAGGAUAUUUGAGGGAACCCCCCCACAAGUUAAUGGCUUGUGUGACAAGGCAGAGAGUAAUGAGUUUUGAGAGCACGGUUCUCUCUAUCGCGGGAAUAAGGAGAAAGUAUGAGCUUUAUCCAUUCUUUUGGCACAGAAAAAAUUUGUAAUAACAUGUUCGAAUAUGAUUCGUACAUAUAUAGACUUGGGUCCUCAAUCUCCUAAUAGCUUGUAUUGCAGUUGCUGCUAAAAAAAUUGAAAUGUGUCACUACAAUUUCAUACAAAAAAGGUGGUGAAAUAAAUUUGUGCGUGACCAUAGCAGUACUCUUAUCUA